UAAAAUUUUGCUUAGUGUUAUUAAUAUAUGAAUAUCCAGUAUGUCUAAUGAAGGAGCAAAAAAGAAAGGCAAAGCGCCAGGGGAUAAAAAAGGAUCCAAACGGAAGUCAAAGAGGAGAGAAACGUAUGCAGUGUAUAUCUACAAAGUUCUGAAGCAGGUUCAUCCGGACACUGGCAUCUCCAGCAGGGCGAUGAGCAUCAUGAACUCGUUUGUCAAUGAUGUGUUCGAGCGCAUCGCCACAGAAGCGUCCAGACUGGCGCACUACAACAAACGCUCCACCAUUACCAGCAGAGAAGUGCAGACUGCGGUCCGGCUCCUGCUGCCGGGAGAACUGGCCAAACAUGCCGUGUCUGAGGGCACCAAAGCCGUCACCAAAUACACCAGCUCCAAGUGACCGUCUGAGAGGUGGAGAGCAUUUCUAAAAAAAAAUAAAUAUCCAAGUAAAAACAAAAUUGUAUGUGAAGAGUCAUCACUUUUUACUCUUCAGUAGUAAUAAAU